UUGAAAAUUAAUCAAAGCAAACCAAAGAAAAAAUACGUUGAUUGUUCGAUUUUUCAUGAUUUCCGUAGCUCAUCCAGUGUUUUUGUUCUGCUGUACUGCAAUUUUUAAUUUUAAAAGUGCAUUGUUGCUUAUUAAACGAUCAUGGAUCAAUCACAGCAGAACGAAAUGCCAUAUUCAUCGGAAGAGCACGACGGAGAAGAGAGCGACACUACGGAUGACCAGAACUCGGACCACUGUUCGUCCGGCGAAGAUGAAUACGAUUCCGAUGAUGAUGAGAUGUGCCGCGAUAUCGUGGAUGACGUUCGCGAUCUGGCAAAACGCGACAAAGUCGAAGUUUUGAUCGAGCUCGUCAAAAGCCGCACCGAUCAGCUGCGACUCUACCGGCAGCUAGAAGUGUUUCAGUAUGCCUUCGAUAUUCUGGGUGGUGAGAAACUGAAACUCCAGCUGGAUCUGGCUCUUACCACUAAAACGCUGCUAGUGUUAAAGGAAGCUUUAACCGAACAGCGCAAACAAGAUGAGAAGCUUCUUACACAAAUCAAUAUAACGUCCGAUUUCAUUAGCGAUUUGGACAUGAAGCGAGUUCAAUUAAUCAAAGAAAUUCGUCAAUUGGCCAACCAGUUCGUAGAAAAUAAGUCCAAAGGCGACGAGAUGGUAAAGAAACGCGUCCAAGAAGAAGUGAAUCGUUCUCAACAACUACAAGAUCAAUUGGAUGCGGUGUACGUCAAUUACAAUGAUCUAAAACAAAAGCAAGCCGAAACCGAUGAAGCUCGUCAAUCGUUAGCUUCCUCUCUUUCAGAGCAUAUGAACGAGCAGGCUAAGUUAACGGAAGAGCUUCGUGAAGCUCAGACACUUAUCGAGUUGGAAGUCCAAACAAACGCAAAAUUGAAGGAAAACGUCGAAAUGUACCUGUCAGAGAAAACCCAACUGGCAACGGAAGUACUUGAAAUGGAAAACCGAAUUGCUGAACUAGAACAAGCGAACGAAGCAAAGCUUCUGCAGAUGGAGCAAUCUGCGAGCUCUAAGCUAUUGGAAUUGAAACAGACGAAUGAUGCAAAGAUAGCCGAAUUAGAACAAGCGUGGCAAAAUAAGUACGAUGAGGAAAUGAAGAAUGCUGUUGCCAACCUCACCGAGGCGAAAGCACAAAAGAGUGAGACAGAAAAACAAAAUGCGGCAAUGAAUGAAAUAAUUGAGAAAAUCCGAACAGAUUUAGAGUCGUCCGCAAGAAAUGUUGAACAAGAGAAAGAUCGAGCAAAGGAACUAGAGACUAAAAUUGGCGAUAUGCAAACCAUGCUAGAAGAUCGGAACAACGAAAUCUGUUCACUGUAUGGCAAAUUGAAUGGCGAGUAUAAACGUUCGGAUGAGGAUAGAGAGAAAAUCGAAGAGCUCAAUUCGAAGCUCAAGACGCUUCAUGAAGAUAACGCCAAGAAAAUCCAGGAUCUCGAAAGUCAACUAACAAACAUUCAAAAAGAAGCCGAAGAACACAAAUCGAAGAAAGAACAACUCGAAGCGGAUGUGAAGGCUCAAUCUACCAAAAUCAGUGAAAUGGAAUUGAAGAUUUCGGAGAAGGAUAAGGAGGAUAUCAUUAUCCAGGAGAAGCUGACGGCAGCCGAAAAGGAUCAAAAUGAACUGAAGCAGCUGAAAGUACAAAUCGCUGAAAAUCAAUCCACGAUCAACGCUUUAGAAGACAAACUGAAAUCGAUAAUGAAAGAAGAGAUUAAAGCGAAUGAGGAAAAUAUCAACAACAUUUCCACCGCUCAGAUCACUUCCACGCCGCUUCGCCUUAGCAAUUCUAUCGACGACAGUCUUGGUCAUCCACCGCCAAAAAGAAUGCGCAUAAUCGACACCGAUGCGAUUAGUAUCCAAUCAAGCGUUUCCAAUUAUACCAGCUUCCAGGGCAACGUUGAACGGAGACGGGACUCUGGUCGACUAUUCCCCAGAAAGUCGCCUAUCCAAAUGAAACGAAAGGACGACACAAAGAGUUUCUUCAAUCGAUCUAUGAAACUCAAUUCGGAAGACGAUUUGAUUAGUUUGGGGAGUACCGUAAAUCUGGAUGAAGAGCCUCUAGAGACUGCUAACAUUAGCAGCGAUUCGCCGGUCCCACUUGUGAAACCAUUCUUCCGCAGACAACCGGAAAAGAAGUAAACUAUCUCAUCCUCGAUAGUAUUUAAUUUUCUCUUUUUGGCGAAAUAUCCCUCCUUCAUUAAUGUUAUUCAUUAAAUUCGAAGGAGAAACAACAAAACAGAUUAUCUAGUUGGAGGUUGAACAAAAUAUGUUUUGAAACAUAAGGGUUUCAUUCGAAUUAUCCUCUACUAUAACACACGGUGAGUUCGUUUAUGUUAUAACCACUAUUCCUUAUUCAUUGUGUUUUGAAUUAUAAAUAAAAAUUCGUAUUUCAAA